AUGGACGACUGCUACAUCUCCCAGCUUGUUGAAGUGCACGCCAACGUCGACUACCUCGACAACGACAACCGCUACAACCACAACACGUUGCGGUUGUUGCGGUGUCACCGUGUCACCCGCGACGCCCGUAUUCGAAACGUGUGUUGGCGGCGCAGUUUGAAAAACCUCCACCACUUGUCAGAGAUUAACCCGUUUGAGAUUAACUGGGACAAGCAGCUGGACAUCACGUGGUUGUACGGCCCCGAAAUGCCCGACACUACUACUGAGCAGCAAACAUCGGUGCAGCAAACAUCGGUGCCGCGAAUACUGAGCUACCUGUCUCUCCCUGAACUCGAGCUGGACUGCGGCCUGGUGCUGCUGCUGGCGCUGCUGUGGGCUUCCGCUGACGACGACGGCUGGCGCAAGCUGCUGCUCAAACGGCCCGAUGCUCCCCAGCAACGGAAACGCGUCCUGUUUGACUACAAGGUCACCCAGCGGGAAAUCAUCAACGGGUACACUUUCGACUACCAAGUGUUGGACGUCAGCCUCUGA